CUCGCGGGAUGGGCGGGGCUGCUCUGAUUUGCAGCUAAUCCGACGGGAUCGGUUUGAAGUCGGCGGAGUGGAGAAAUAGAAUCCGAGAAGAGUGGGAGAGUUUUACAGCCUUAACUUCGGAAACGCAGUCACACGGACACAGCACUCGCCAGUACCACACAGAAGACCGGUGCUGAAUCUGAAAAUUCAAGAGGAGGAACUUUGGAGUAAAGUUUUUUUGGAGCGACUCGACGGUUGACAGGUCAGAGGAACACGGAUUUAACAUGGACCUCCGGGGAGCAACGGUGCAGCUCUGAGGGGGAAUUAAGGCCGAUUCUGACAUAUUCCUCUUUAUGCGAUCGUGUGUCGGAGGAUUUUAAAGCAGUACCAUAUUUACUAAAUGCUGAGACUGAGACGCGACGUACCUCUCUCAGAGAGGCUGGGGCUGGACUCUCCUGUAGCAUCGUCACCCGGGCCUCCACCCACAGAAGCCCUAAUGGGCCCCAACAUUUCAUGGCUCCCUGAAGCCCCGCUGCUGAGCCCAGAUCAGCCCAUCUUCCUCAUGAGUCCCGCGGCGCAGGCAGUGUCUGGCUUCUUCGUGUGGACUGCACUCAUUCUCACCUGUCACCAGAUCUACAUGCACCUCCGCUACUACAGCUCCCCCAGGGAGCAGCGCCACAUCGUGAGGAUACUCUUCAUCGUUCCUAUCUAUGCCUUUGACUCCUGGUUGAGUCUCCUGUUCUUCACCAACGAUCAAUACUACGUGUACUUCGACACAGUGAGGGACUGCUAUGAAGCAUUUGUGAUUUACAACUUCCUGAGUUUGUGCUAUGAAUACCUGGGAGGAGAGAGCGCCAUCAUGGCUGAGAUCAGAGGAAAGCCCAUAGAGUCCAGCUGCAUGUACGGCACCUGCUGUCUGAGGGGAAGGAGCUACUCCAUCGGCUUCCUGCGCUUCUGCAAACAGGCCACGCUGCAGUUCUGCGUGGUCAAGCCGCUCAUGGCUGUCAUCACCGUCAUCCUGCAGGCCUACGGGAAAUAUAGAGAUGGAGACUUCAACGUUGCCAGCGGUUACCUCUACGUGACCAUCAUCUACAACAUCUCCGUGAGCUUGUCUCUGUACGCCCUCUUCCUCUUUUACUUCGCCACGAGGGAGCUGCUCAGUCCCUACGGGCCCAUGCUCAAGUUCUUCAUGGUGAAGUCGGUCAUCUUCCUCUCCUUCUGGCAAGGGAUGCUGCUGGCCAUCCUGGAGAAGUGCGGCGCCAUCCCUCAGAUCAACUCCGUGGAGGUGUCCGUCGGCGAGGGCACGGUCGCCGCCGGCUACCAGAACUUCAUCAUUUGCAUCGAGAUGUUCUUCGCCGCGCUGGCUCUGCGCCACGCCUUCACCUACAGAGUGUACAUGGACAAAAGCCUGGAUUCGCAAGGACCCAUUCCUACAUAUGGAGACGUUGGCCGCGGCCCCUCGAUGAAGAGCAUCUCCAGCAGCCUAAAGGAGACCAUGAGUCCGGGCGACAUGGUCCAAGAUGCGAUCCACAACUUCUCCCCGGCUUAUCAGCAGUACACCCAGCAGUCCACGCUGGAGCAGGGGGCGCCUCCCCCUGUCUCCCGCGCGCACAGUGCCGUCAGUGCCCGUGGAGACACAGAGAAGACCCUCCUGCUCAGCUCCGACGAUGAAUUCUAGAGCUAAGAAUACACAGGGACUCAGACUUAUGUUCUAAUGGCCGAUGUCCCCCUGAGAAGGCAGUUCUCAUCAAAGGGCGACUGAUUAGAGACUUGUUUGUUUUUGAGAUUCUGCACCUUCCUGCAUAAACACCUAUGCAGCCACAUUUUCCAAGAGCCGUACUUAGGCUGAUUUAGUGUUAAAUCCGCUGGCCAGUAAAUAAAAAGGGGUUGUGUCUGCUUUUGGAAAGUUUGUGAGUCACACGUGUACUUUCUGAUUUAUACUUGACUUUGGAGGGAAGGUUUUCUGGCAGGGAUAGAAACAUCGCAUCACAUUUAACUAAGUCAUGUUGUCAGUGGCGGUGAUUUCAUCCUGGUGAAUGUUGUUUUUGUUCUGGUUCUAGCAUUCUUGCAUUUCAAAGGCAGUUAUUAAAUGGUUCUUGGCUUUGAGGUUUAACUUUAAAGGCCUGAGUAAAUCCAAGUGUUUUAUAGGACAUAGUUGCAGCUGUGGUCACCCAGAUAAGGGUUGAGUUGAAGUCAUUGGUAUGGAUCAAUACUGCUGAUAACUGGGAAACCGAUGAGCAUGAGGUCGGGCAGAUUAGAGAUUAUAACAUCGUACAUCUGCUGCCGUGAGCUACGGAGCAGACCAGGAUUACGCCAGUGGAUGUGGAGCAUCAUGUGAGCAGCUGGGAUUAAAGCUGGAGCCAGUCGACCUCCACGGGCCACAAUGUAGGUUAACAGGAUUGAGGGAGAACAGAAGAAUAUAGGGUAACACUAACCUCAGACGCUCUGUCACACCAGCGAAACCUUUCAAACGUUCUUAUUGUGAGCUGCUCUUUCACUUGGAUCCUGUCCUGUAGCGACUCCCACCACAGUCAGAGCUGGUUAUUUUUUAACCCACCGCUGGAGCUCAUGAGUCAUGUGAGUGAUUCAUGCCUCAUCCGCUGACAUGUUUACUGUAACUGCUUUCACUUCUCUGCUGUAGCCCCGUGCGAGCACCAGAGGGCCACGUGGAGAACAGCAGAGCAGCGCUUGCUCUCGUACUGUAUCUGCUUCAGACUUGCUGCUUCACAUCAAGUUCUGUCCCGGGCUUUUUUUUUUUUUUUGUAACAGUGACUGUGUAUUCUCACCACCAAACAGGAGCCAGUCCCAGCUUCAGACAGGGCUACUGGGUAGUUUUACUUUAAAUUCCACCUGACAUAAUAGUUUUAAAUAGGAGCACAGCCACGUCUGUACACAGGACCGGUUCCAUAUUUUUAGACACAGCUGAGGGAUGUCUGGAUAAUUGUGUGGGUACAUUUUAGCAUUGGUGUCAUGUCAACACUGUGUUUACUGUGGCUGAGUUUCUUCCCGCAACUGAAGUCUGUAAAAGUCAGCUCAGCACGAUUUAAAUAGGUUUUUAUUCCAAGUAGUUUUUUUACGUUAGAAUCGUGAACGUCUCAGGUUUAUGAAAGGCAAUGUUGAUAUUUUGUGGCUGAAACACUUCUAACACGUCUAACUGCCAUGUUUCACUUUCUUUUAAUCUGUUUGUGGUGACACGUGAAACUCUUAUGGGUUGUAUGUGUUACAGUUGGAGGAAGAUGAACAAUGUAUAUUGACAUAGACGUAUAUCCUGCAAGAGAACAAAGUUUAGUUUUAUAUUUUUAACUUGUCUUCAGAAUUUAUUUUAGUAAAUUACGUCAUAUGCAUAAAUGAGAAAUAAAACAUUGCAUCUUG